AAAACUAAAUGUUUACCGUUACGAGUCUAUUCAAAGGGUAUACCUAGUGGUCGUAGGGCGGUCGGCAGAGACCACCACAAACUGGCUUGGACAGAAGUCCACUGAUUUAAUCCAGUUAGAAUACAGCAUUAAGGGCUAUCUUUUGGGUCAAAGCUCGCUAGAUACGGGAAACUAUACUGGUGUCAAUUCCAGGAAAUGGCUUGCAAUUCCGUUCAUUCCAACAUCUUGGAAACUUCACCAACCUAUUGGAAAUUCAUACAUGCAUUGUUGUUAUCUUCAUGUUGCAUGCCAAUGUCUAUGUUUGCAAAGUAUCCACUAAAUCAUUACAUGGGUUCUGGUUGGACAUCUUUGUGCUUCGUCAUUUUUCACUUGCUUUUUAAUUCUCCAGUUUUAUACCUUCAGUUUCGCAUCUUCAGUCACUCCCGCGAAAGUGCUUUGUGCUUUUUGAUAAAUAUCUUCCGAUAUCCAACAUAUUUUCAGUCAUCAUCAUUUUCACUAACCUCAUCAGAGUUACCACUGGAGCAUUUUUUGUCGCUAUUUCUUUGUCAUAUUUGUUCUUCACUACUUAUAACUGCGAUGGAAGAAGCUGUAUUGGUGGAACAUUCGUGUGGAGUUCCUGUUCUGACUCAUGGAGUGAAGGCGAUUGCAAGGAGUAAGACUAGAAUUUCUACUUGGAUAAGCAUAUUUAGCAACUACAAAAUAGUUCAUGCAGGACCAAUUCCUGAAGAAAAGUUUAUGCUAAACUUUCUACUUAUGAGAAGUGACAGCAUUUUAUCCGGAUUGGAAUUCCCUUCUUGGUUUAAUAAUCGGGGACUGAUUUCAAUUCCCUAUAUAACUGCAUUUAUUUUGAUUUUUCUCAUAACUAUUGGAGGUCCAAAAGUAUUUGGUUUGUUACUCUAUGUAUUAUCACCGCUGGCUGUAUGCCUGCUAACUGGAGUGCUUAUUACAUUACGUAUCAUGUAUGCUAAUUCAACUAAUCAACUGAAUGAUUAUUAUACUAAAUUCUAUGGAAUGUUUUUUGCUAUGAUACCUAAUAAUCCUGAUGGAGUGGAUACGUUUCAAGUCCAACCAUUGGUUUGGGGGUUUCUAUCCACAUUUGUUCAUUUAUCUCAGUCGUAUAACUUGUGGAAUGGAGUAUAUCCUAUUGUUGGUAAAUUAAUUGCUGGUGGACGUAAAAUGAGACACCUGGGUUGGAUUCCUUUGGCGAUAGGAUCCGCUUUACUUGGACAGCUACCGGUGUUAAUUAUGCUCUUCGCCACGGCUUCAUCCUAUGAUCCACAAUAUGUUCGAUGUCAUCUAAGCGUUGAUUGGCUGGCGCCAUUUGUAAUAAUGUCACAUAUUUUCUCAAAAUUUUCAAGUUCUCGAAUUCUUGUUGCAUCUUAUUUUCUUGGGCUUACUUUAUUCCUUUUAUUGAAUCAGGCAUUAAUUUUACUGGCUACAGUAGAACCAAUAGUUGGUCACAUAGUGACAAAUAAUGAAAAGUAUGAAGAUCAUUAUAAGAAAAUUUAUCGUUGUUCAAUUGUAUUCACCAUUGUACUGCUUGGAUUACUUGGAUUACCGUUAAUUACUCAGGCUGGAUUUUAUUGGGUUCGAUUAACUGAUUGGUUUGUUGAUCGGUUAAUGAUAAUACCUGUACUUGGACAAAUUGCUGGUUUUUUAACUGUAUAUGCUCAGUCACGAGGUACCAAAUUUGAAACACCCAUGUUGAAAACAUUUGUUAUAUGUAUCUAUGCAAUACUUUUUACUAUCUCCAGUGGGAUAUACCUAUGGUAUGUAUUCUCAAGUUUACAAAAACCACCUGAUUCACAAUGUCUAACAUUCAGCCGUGCACCAUUGAAUGAUCCAAUUCAAGAUAAUUUUUCUCUUUUGGGUUGGUUGAUUGCAUUUGGUCCUGUCUUAAUGGGGAUAGUAAUUGGGAUGAUUAUAACAUUCGCACGUUUUCGAAGCCAUCAGUUUACAAAUUAUUCGUACUUUCGCUAUUUAUUCAGAGGUGAACAUGGACUGCAAAAGUUUACUCAGAUAUCAGUACACUCGUCACAAAUGAAACAUACUCUUCCCAAAUUUUCAAAUAUUCCAAAGAAUCUAUCAUGGACUAGAAUCAAUAACUUUGAUAACUUCGGUUCUACAAAACUCAUUUCCGGAAAUUUAAUUCAUCAAAAUAACUUUGGAAUGAGUAGACCAAUUCAUCGAUCAGUUGGAGAUCAACUUGGAACUUUUAUUUCGUCUAACAAUGACCUUUCUCAUUCUUACUCUACAAAUCAAAUCCCAUUUUACCCUGGACAUAGUGGAAAAUAUCAACCUGAUGACUGUCGACUUCCACCACAUAGAAGAUCUGAAGUAAACUUUUACAAUCGAUCAGCUUCAACAUCGAAAGAUCAUCAGUAUUACAACUCUAGAUAUAAUCGAAAAAAUUCAUAUCCUAAUCCUCAUUCAGCUGGUAGGCUUGACAUAUAUGAAAGUGAAGAAUUUUUAUGAGUUAAAACUAUGGUGUAUAUAAAAACCUGAAUGUUGUAUUAUGAAAUUUGUGAGAGCUGAAGUCCCCUCAUGGUUAUUACUACACAGUCGAACGGUAUCACUAUAACUUCCUUACAUAUCCCUACUUGUUUUAGAUGUUUUUGUAAUAUAUUUGUGGAAUAAAUUUCUCUUACUUUACUG